UUUUCUUUUGUUUCUUUUCGUGAAGGUUAAAUCAACCAGAUACUUAGCUUUAAUUUUUUUUAAUGCAUGUUAUUUUUGCAUAAUGGCGAGGGAAGACAGUUUCUAAAGGCAAUUUGCACAGGUGACAGGUAAAAGUUAAUGCUGACGAAAUAUUACAUAUGGAUAAACGUUAUUAUUGAAACCUAGUCCCAUAUGAACAUUAUUUAGAUGGGCUGUGGAUAAAAGAAAUAUUUGAAUAAUUCAUUAAAACCUCUGGCAUUGUGUAAUCGAUAUAAUUAACCUUUAAAUUUAACUAAACACUAACCGUGACGGUAUACAAUUAUUCGUUAAAGUAAAACGCAAAUGCAUCAAUAAUUGUACUGUAAAAAGUAACGUGCGAAAAUAUUUUAACUACAAAUAUGAAACAAACAAUUGUUAUUAAUAAUUAAAUACAACAAGAAAUGUACGGUUUUGUGCUUCGUAUGGGCUAUGCGAAAGGGGAGUAAAAUGUAGGAGUCAAUUGCAUGUUAUCUACUUUGUGCUUCUGAUAAAAUAAUUUCAGUCUAAAAUGGAAUCAUACUAACGAAUAUUUAUACUUAGCCUACGAUGAAUAUUUGGUGUCUUUUUAUGUCGAUUUUGUAAAGCUAAAAAACAAACUUAACAGAAAUUGAUUAUUAUCAGCUUUUAUUUUUCAUUCAACAUUUGUUUAUUUAUUUCUUCCAGUAGGUUAAAUAAUUACUGAUUUUUAGAGACAAAAAUAGGCCUAUGUGCAAAGGCUGUAUCCAGAAACUAAAAGGAGCGGAGAAAAAAAAUGUAAAAUAGGAAAGCAGCUAUCUGUCAAAACUAAAUUAAAAUCUCGCAGAUUUACUAAAGGAAGCCAUUAUUGCAAUACUAAAGCAAAUCCAUAUUUUGAUUUAAAUAAUUAGCUUGUGUAAAUGCAAUAGCGAUUGUCACGAAAUAAUAUGUAAAUGAACUACGAGCAUUGCACUUUUAAAGCUACGUGUAAUGUAAUAUAAGAGAUGCAUGAACAGCGCCUACACAAGCCAUGCUGCCUUUGAUAUCAUUACUAAGUGCAUUUACUAUCAAGGAUGUCUUAUGAUUUUUAUAUAAAAUUUGUUAUUUUUAUUCAAAUAGAAAAAAGACAGUGACAAUAACACAUUUUGCGUUUGAUACCUUAAAAUCAAAGCAUCUAAAUAACUGAUUAUUCCUCCUUACAUCAUUUCCCUGUUCUGUUUCUUUCUCUCUCUCCACACACACACACACAAAUACACAGUAGCAUUACACACACACCUUGAUGGCUGUGUGACAGCUUUUAAAAUUAUGCAAAUUUUACCUUUUGGGUCUAUUUUUACUUAAUAUGUGUCGUCGGGUAAUAAAUGCUUCUUGUUGUUUUUUCCAAGCUUAAAUACCAUAAUACCUGAAUUUAUGCAUUGGAGCUACGAACUGCUGAGUGCAAAUUAAAAAAAUACACGUGGUUAUGAUUUCUUUACUAAUUUUUAAUUUGUAAACGUGAUGUAAAAUGACUAAACAUUUGAGAAAAACGAAUUUCACAGACCUAUUCCUGAAAUAAAUUAUUAAAUAAAAUAGAAGCCGAGCGAAAACCAUGUAUACUGUACAACCAAACAACUGUACUUCAUGGGUUUAAUUACAUAUUAGUUACACAUAGACAUACAGAAUUCUAGUUUAAUAUAUAGACUGUAAUAUAAAGACUCAAAGCACAAAUAAAAUCACAUCAUACAAUUAUAUUUUUCACGAAACUGCAAUGCUUAAUGAUCCCAAAUUUCUUUAAAUUGAAUACAUUAUUGAUCAAUUUAAUAAUAAACCAAGUGUAAAAUACAUGCAAGCAAUCUAAUCUAAAAGCAAACAAAAAACCUUAAAUGUAAAAAGGCAAAGUGUCAAAGCAUCAGUCAAUAAAAGAAGUAAAAGGUCUAUACCAAGUGCUUUCCACGCUCGUGUUGCCCAUCACCAUCGGUUUGAAAAGAGAGUGACAGGUCUUUGUUGGUGAAUAGAAAUCAGUGGCAUAGGAGAGAGGGAGAACUCCUCCUACCCAAUUACCCAAGCUGGGCAGGCGUUUGCUCUCUUCACAAAUAGGACACAGGAUCUCUAACACACACAGUCCCAAACCUGACUUUCAAGCAUUCGGAUCCCCGGUAGGAGAUUGGGACUAUCUGAAAUCACCAUUUAAAACUUCAGACGCGUAAACAUCUCAUCCAGACUUCUGGUUUUGCCUUAUAUCAUCCGGACUAUACUUUUUCCCUCCUAUAGACAUUGGAGAAGUGGACUGGUUCCUGCCUCUCAGCUUGUUCUUGCGUUCUCCAUCAAACUCUAUCGGCUUCGUUUUUAAGCUUGCAUUUGUGUGAAUUUGUUGGUGCAGAUCCUCUCGGAUGUUUUAAGGAUCCGGACAGUUGUAUAUGGAAGUUGUGGGGUGCAAGGCGAAAGAAAGCAGUUGCACAUUGCGUCCAGCAGCCAUGCUUUUCCACGGCAUCUCUGGGGAUCAUAUUCAAGGGAUCAUGGAGGAGAUGGAGAGGAGAUCCAAAACGGAGUCUCGUCUUGGUAAAACCGUUCAGAUGAACGGGCGAGAGACGACUAUGCCCUCCAUGAGUCCAGAGAAGCCUGCCUUAUGCGCCGGCUGUGGUGGAAAAAUCUCGGACAGAUAUUACUUACUCGCCGUUGAUAAACAGUGGCAUUUACGGUGUCUGAAGUGUUGUGAAUGUAAACUGGCCCUCGAGUCCGAACUGACGUGUUUCGCUAAGGAUGGCAGCAUUUACUGCAAAGAGGAUUACUACAGAAGGUUCUCCGUGCAGAGAUGUGCCCGCUGCCACCUUGGUAUCUCCGCUUCGGAAAUGGUGAUGCGCGCCAGGGACUCCGUGUACCAUCUGAGCUGCUUCACCUGCACCACAUGCAACAAAACACUGACCACGGGUGACCAUUUCGGCAUGAAAGACAACUUGGUUUACUGCCGGGUUCACUUCGAGACCCUUAUUCAGGGAGAAUAUCACCCUCAAUUAAACUACGCUGAAUUAGCGGCCAAAGGCGGGGGGCUUGCUUUGCCUUACUUCAAUGGCACGGGCACGGUGCAGAAAGGAAGGCCGCGGAAGAGGAAGAGUCCGGCGAUCGGGAUAGAUAUCGGCAAUUACAACUCAGGUUGUAACGAGAACGACGCGGAUCAUUUGGAUCGCGAUCAGCAGUCGUACCCUCCUUCCCAGAAGACCAAGCGCAUGCGCACGUCCUUCAAACACCAUCAGCUCCGCACCAUGAAGUCCUACUUUGCCAUAAACCACAACCCUGAUGCAAAGGACUUAAAACAGCUGGCCCAAAAAACGGGCCUGACCAAGAGAGUUCUUCAGGGAGAACAAAUCUUGGGGCAUUACAGCCAAACUUCACGACGUUUGAAAAUUCCCUAAAGUAUUUAAAGAAGGGGGAAAACUUUGAUCGGAAUUCUUCACCAUUGAAGACAAAGACAAUAUUAGGAUAAGAUAAUAAAGUGAUAAAAAUCCACCAAAUCUACAAAAAAAAAAUUUAAUCCAAAAAUGUUCGACACUACCUUUGUCCGAGAAUUCUUAUGGAAAGAAUAUUAAAGUUAUACAGUAUUGCUGAUGUACAUAUUUUGGAGCGGUCUUGCUCCAAGAGGCGACUGCAGGAGAUGGAGGACUAAAAAUCCCAUACGCAUGCAUGUCUACACACGCACACACAUACUGAAACUACCUUGUAAUUCUGCUUGCUGUAAACAUUCCUGUGCAACAAAUGUCCACGAACACACAGUCUUCCUUAAACUUGGCAGCGAAAUGAGAAAAUCAAAGGGAAGACUAUUAAACACCAUAUGGCUGUACUAAAAAACGAAACUAAGCUGAAAAAAAAGAGAGAUUAACAUUGCAUGCACUUCAUUAUGUUUAUAUUAUUUUAUAUUGAUGUUUUAUUUGUUGUUAUUCUUAAUGCGUUCAAAGGAAUUUUUAUUGUGAAGCCGGAAUCAUACCGUAAAAAAAGUAAAAAUAAAUAAAUAAAUAAGUGAAAGCAUGCUUUAUUUGGCAAUAAAAGGUGAUUAUUU